CCCCUCUAAGUGGCCCCCUUUAGUAAAACAACUGUCACCCCAACCAUCCUAUUGGGUACAGGAACGAAAUUUUCACAAAAUAUUAUUUGUUAUUCGACUGUAUUUAAAGUAUACUAUUGCCACUGCAUCUAAUUUUAAAAUUCUCUAGUAUUGUUCAGUACUUUAUCUAAUUAACGAUGACAUCAAAGGACGAGACACCUGAUCAGGAGGUCUACGCUUUUAAUGCUGAUAUCUCCCAGCUUUUAAGCUUGAUCAUCAACGCAUUUUAUAGUAACAAGGAGAUUUUCCUUCGUGAACUCAUUAGCAACGCUAGCGACGCACUGGAAAAAAUUAGGUAUGAGGCAAUCAAGGAUCCAAAGCAAAUCGAGGAUCAACCCGAUUACUAUAUCAGGCUGUAUGCCGACAAGAACAACAACACCCUCACAAUCGAAGAUUCCGGUAUUGGCAUGACCAAAGCCGACCUCGUGAACAACCUCGGUACAAUUGCCAAAUCCGGCACAAGAGCAUUCAUGGAGGCACUGCAAGCAGGCUCGGACAUGUCAAUGAUCGGACAGUUUGGUGUCGGUUUCUACUCAGCAUACCUGGUCGCAGAUAAGGUGACAGUAGUGUCCAAGAACAACGCAGACGACCAGUACGUCUGGGAGUCAACAGCCUCAGGCCACUUUACAGUGAAGAAGGACGACUCGCACGAGCCGCUCAAAAGAGGAACUAGACUAAUACUGCACUUGAAGGAGGACCAAACUGAGUACCUUGAGGAGAGAAGGCUGAAAGAGCUUGUUAAGAAGCACAGCGAGUUCAUUUCAUUCCCAAUCUCGCUCUCAGUAGAGAAGACCCAGGAGACCGAGGUCACUGACGACGAGGCAGAGCUAGACGAGGACAAGAAGCCCGAGGAGGAGAAGCCCAAGGACGAUAAGGUGGAGGACGUUACUGACGAGAAAGUGACCGACGUCACUGACGAGGAGGAGAAAAAGGAGGAAAAGAAAAAGAAGAAGAGGAAGGUCACCAACGUAACGCGUGAGUGGGAAAUGCUUAACAAGCAGAAGCCAAUUUGGAUGAGACUCCCGUCUGAAGUCACCAACGAAGAAUAUGCAGCGUUCUACAAGAACUUAACCAACGAUUGGGAAGACCACUUGGCCGUGAAACACUUCAGCGUUGAGGGUCAGCUUGAGUUCAAAGCUCUACUGUUCGUCCCAAGAAGAGCGCCGUUUGACAUGUUCGAGUCCCGCAAAAAGAAAAACAACAUCAAGUUGUACGUCAGACGCGUAUUUAUCAUGGACGACUGUGAGGAGCUCAUCCCGGAGUGGCUUUCCUUUGUGAAGGGUGUGGUAGACUCAGAGGACCUGCCCUUGAAUAUUUCUAGGGAAACUCUCCAGCAGAACAAGAUCCUCAAGGUCAUCAGGAAGAACUUGGUGAAAAAGUGCCUCGAGCUCUUCAAUGAACUCACUGAGAAGAAGGAGGACUUCAAGAAGUUCUACGAGCAGUUCAGCAAGAACCUGAAGCUGGGAAUCCACGAGGACAACGCUAAUCGCUCAAAGAUCGCCGAACUGUUGAGGUUCGAGACAACCAAGAGCGGAGACGAACUCGUGUCACUCAAGGAGUACGUUGACAGGAUGAAGAGUGACCAGAAGUAUGUGUACUACAUCACGGGAGAGUCGAAGCAGAGCGUAGCCUCAAGUCCUUUCCUUGAGACCCUGAGGGCUCGCGACUACGAAGUCCUGUACAUGACUGACCCAAUUGAUGAGUACGCAGUUCAGCAGAUCAAGGAGUUUGAAGGCAAGAAACUCAAGUGCUGUACCAAGGAGGGCCUGGACCUUGAUGAGGGCGAGGAUGAAAAGAAGUCCUUUGAAGCGCUCAAGGAAGAAAUGGAACCUCUUUGCAAGCACAUCAAGGAAGUGCUCCACGACAAGGUGGAAAAGGUCGUGUGUGGAACAAGGUUUACCGACUCUCCAUGCGCACUUGUCACCAGCGAGUUCGGCUGGAGCGCGAACAUGGAGCGUAUCAUGAAAGCACAAGCUCUCAGAGACUCGUCCAUAACAAGCUACAUGCUGAGCAAGAAGAUCAUGGAGAUUAACCCGAGACAUAGCAUCAUGAAGGAGCUCAAAACUAGAGCUGCAAACGACAAAACAGAUAAAACCGUCAAGGACCUAGUCUGGCUUCUCUACGACACAGCGCUCUUAACCUCAGGGUUUAACCUCGAUGAGCCCACCCAGUUUGGAAACAGGAUCUACAGGAUGAUCAAGCUCGGACUCUCAUUGGACGACGAGGAACACGUAGAAGAGGACUCAUCAAUGCCGCCGCUGGAUGAGCCCGUUGUCGACUCCAAAAUGGAGGAAGUUGACUAAAGUAAUAUAUUCUCUGUAUAA